CUCGUUGCCAUGGCAGCGCGGUGCGGCGGCCCCGGGGCGGGCGGGCGGCCGAGAUGGCGUCUCGGCACCGGAGUACGGAGCUGUCGGAGGAACGCGCCGAUCGGCUGCGGGCCUCCAAGCUGCACGCCGCGAUGGAGCGGGAACGGCGGCUGGAGGAGGCCUUGCUGCGGGCAGAAGAGGACAGAAAGGAGAGAUUGCUGCAGCUGGAGCAGGAGGAGAGGCUGGCGGCGGAGCUGGCAAGGCUGAAGUGCGAGAAAAUCAAAGAUGAGAAGAUGAGGCAACAAGUGAGAGAGAACAGUCUUGAACUUCGGGAGUUAGAAAAAAAGCUAAAAUCUGCUUAUCUGAACAAAGAGAGAGCUGCCCAGAUUGCUGAAAAAGGAGCCAUACUGUAUGAGAAAAUGAAACGAGAGGCUGAAAUAGCCCAAAAAAUGAAGGAAGAGCAGGAAAGGGUAAUAAAAGAAGAAAGUUCUGCAGAACUGAAAAGAAACAAGGAGAAAAUAAUCUAUCAGCAAGAACUGGAGAAGCAGCUUGAGGAGCAAGAGGCAAGGAAGCAGGAGGCUUAUGAACAGUUUCUAAGAGACAAACUCAUGAUUGAUGACAUUGUAAAGAGGAUCUAUGAGGAGGACCAAAUGAAAAGACAAACCAAGUUAAAUAAAAUUAGAGAAACUCAGGCAUAUAUUGAAGAAUUCAAAAAAGAACAAGCUCUCUGGAGGAAAAGGAAAGAUGAAGAGUUGGAAGAAGAAAAUAGGAAAAUGAUGGAGUUUGCCAACUUGCAGCGACAAAGAGAAGAAGAUCAGAAGGCUAAAGUUCGAGAUACUGAGGAGAAAAAACAGAGAGUUCAGAGCAUGCUUGCCCAAAAUCUGGAAAGGGAACAGCAGAAGCGUGAAGAACUGGAGCAAAUACGACAAGAGCUGUACCUGGAAGAACAAGAGGAGAUGGAAAGGAAGAAGGAGAUGGUAAGCGUUGGCAUGGAGAUAAAUUGAAAAAGACUAAGGCAACGUCUAGACUUAAGGCAAACAUAUGAAGAGCAAUUUGCUUUAAAGAUGAUCAUGCGACAAGCUAUGCAAGAAGAGGAAGAAGCCUUCAGACAACAGAUGUUGGCCAAGCUUGCAGAGGAUGAUCGCAUCGAGCUGAUGAAUGCUCAGAAACAAAGAAUGAAACAGCUUGAACACAGAAGGGCAGUGGAAAAACUCAUUGAAGACCGUCGCAAACAGUUUAUUGCAGAUAAAGAGCGUGAACUUGAAGAAAGAAAACUAGAGGAGAGAAGACAAGAAAACAUCCGUGCAAUUGUUGAAGAAGAGAGACAGAAACUCCUGAAGGAGCAUGCAUAUAAAUUACUGGGCUAUCUUCCUCGAGGAGUCAUCAAAGAUGAAGAUGACAUUAACAUGCUUGGAGAGGAAUUUAGGUUGGCUUACCAGAAGAGGUAAUGCCUUUUCCGGGGAGAGGC